CACAAAAAAAAUAAAAACCUCCCAAGUGGCCUUUUAGCCAUGGCAGACCAAGCUCAAUACUUCAUGGAAACCCAGCUUCUCAAUCACCAAAAACACUGCAAUUCCCUCACUUUCCCUUCACUUCUGUCUCCAAACCCAACAUCAACCUCUUCUUCACUCUCUCUUUUCACCAAUGCCAUCAAGUCGCAGAAGCCGUUUCUGGACUCUUUGUUGCUCAAAGCGGGAGCUAUACUCUUCAGGGGGUUCCCAGUAGAGACAGCCAAGGACUUCAACGACGUCGUGGAGGCUUUUGGUUUCGAGGAGUUACCGUACGUAGGUGGGGCUGCUCCACGGACUAACGUUGUUGGUCGUGUUUUUACUGCUAAUGAAUCACCUGCCGACCAAAAGAUUCCUUUUCAUCAUGAGAUGGCUCAGGUUCCUGAAUUCCCAUCCAAAUUGUUCUUCUUUUGCGAGGUAGAGCCAGGAAGUGGGGGAGAAACUCCCAUAGUUCUAAGCCACAUUAUCUAUGAGAGAAUGAAAGACGAGUACCCAGAAUUUGUCCGGCGGUUGGAGGAGCAUGGACUAAUAUAUACGAGGGUACUAGGCGAGGGUGAUGAUCCCUCAUCUCCCAUUGGUCGUGGGUGGAAAUCCACAUUCCUGACAACAGACAAGAGCGUGGCCGAGGAAAGGGCUGCAAAGCUAGGUAUGAAGUUGGAAUGGAUUGGAGAUGGAGUGAAAACGAUAAUGGGUCCAAUACCAGCUGUUAAAUAUGACAAGUCAAGGCAACGCAAAAUUUGGUUCAAUAGCAUGGUGGCUGCUUACACAGGCUGGGAAGAUGAGAGGAAUGAUCCUGUGAAGGCAGUUACUUUUGGGGAUGGGAAACCGUUGCCGGCUGAUAUCAUUUAUGACUGCCUGAAAAUCCUUGAGGAGGAAUGUGUUGCCAUUCCUUGGAGGAAAGGAGAUGUUCUACUGAUAGAUAAUUGGGCUGUCCUUCAUUCACGAAGGCCAUUUGAUCCACCUCGACGUGUACUGGCUUCACUCUGCAAGUAGGAAUGGGGAAGCCCCUGCAUUACUUGUUCCUCCCUGUAGCAGAUAUCUACUUUGUGCCGGCAAUGGGAACUGGAUGCUCUACUAGCUUACCCCUUGUAUAAUAUGCCCUACUCUGUAUCUUGUACCUCUUUAACCGUUUUGGGAUGUGCUACUAAUGAAAACAAUAAGAUUAAUAAUUGAUUACCA